UCCCUGUGCCGAGUUCUGGCUUGAACUUCCAAAUUAGUCACAUACCAGUGUUUGACUACAGGUACAAGGCUGAAGGGUGAGGUAAAGAGAAAAGGUAUGAAAAAGAGAGGCAGAAGUGGAGAAAGGAGAAGAAAGCGAAAACUGUGACGGGUGAAGGGGAACAACACACCGAUGAGGACAUCAUGGGUGUUCAACUCCACUGGCUGCUGUUGUUGUUGGUCGUCUGCCGAAAACUGAUUGCAGACGCUGUGAGUGACAUCAGUCCGUACAUAAAGCAUCAUGAGGGCUUGUCAUAUGACAGGGGCGAUCUCCACAAGAUGCACUUGAGAGCCAGGAGAAGCACACAACCUGAGGAACAUACACUACAGCUGGACUUUCCUGCUUUUCACAAAACCUUUCGCCUCCGUUUGAAACGAAACGCAGAAGCCUUUUCCCAAGAUUUCAUGGUGGCGAGUGAGAAUGGUUCAUCGUCGGCUGACCUUUCCCACAUAUAUUCAGGAACACUAGAAGGUGAACAUGGUUCAGUGUGCCAUGGCUCUGUGUUACAGGGUCAGUUUGAGGGAACCAUCCACACUGACGACGGGACUUAUCACAUAGAGCCAGUUCACAGAUACACCAGCAACCACACAGACCACCACUCUAUAAUCUACCACGAGGAUCACAUGGUCCUGCCACCCAUGGGAUCAAACUCCAAUGGAUUCUGCGGUGCAGAGCAUCUAAGGGUCCUUGCUCAGAGCCUCAGACCCAGUGACGAGGCUCCAGCGAGCCGGUCCAGGAGAACAGUUGAUGAGUCAAAGACCAGCUGCCUGCUUCACCUCCAUGUUGACCAUCUCUACUACAAGAAGUUCAAGUCAGUGGAAGCUGUUGUGGCUCAGGUCGCCUCGUAUAUGCAAGCUGUGAAUGAUAUUUUCGACAAGGUGGACUUUAAUGGAAUCAAGCUCAUCAACUUCAAAGUCAAAUCCCUAACUGUAAUAACUGAAGAAGAUACUAAGGAUCCGCUCUCUCCUCUGUACAUCGGGCCUGAGAAACUCUUGAGUUUGUACUCUGAGAAUAACUGGGGCAACUUCUGUCUGUCCUAUCUGCUGACUAACAGAGACUACAGUGGAGUGCUGGGACUCGCCUGGGAGGGCAAGGUUGGUAACUGGGGAGGAAUAUGUUCAAAAUACACCACACUCCGUAACGGCCGGAUGUCCACCCUGAACACUGGUCUGGUCACGGUUCAGAAUUAUGGACAGGUCCUGCCUCCUCGUCUUGUCCAGCUCACCUUUGCUCAUGAACUCGGCCACAGCCUGGGAGCUCCGCACGACGAGGGCUCUAACUGUGGGGAUCUUGGUUCCGCUGGUGGUAAAGGCAAGUACCUGAUGUUCCCUCAGGCUACAGAUGGGGUGCGUGAAAACAACGACAAAUUCUCCCACUGCAGCAUCAAACACAUCAGCAAGACCCUCGGGCUAAAGAAAGACGACUGCUUUGUGGUCAGUGAUCAGCCCAUCUGUGGAAACCACAUUGUGGAGGGAGAUGAAGAAUGUGAUGUUGGACACGACGACACAGACCACUGCUGCUACAGCGCUAUAGAACCUGUCGGAGUUCAGUGUCACCUCAAGCCUGGCAAACACUGCAGUCCGAGUCAGGGCCUGUGCUGUGGUCAGGACUGUGGCUUUAAGUCGGCCGAUCAGACGUGUGAUGAGGAGACAGACUGUUUGAGAGAGAGUGUGUGUUCAGGCCUUUCCCCGCUCUGCCCUGAACCAGAGGCCAAGGAAAACCUGACCGUCUGCAGCGAGGGCACGCGUGUCUGCUUGAAUGGGGAGUGUGCAGAGUCUGUGUGCGUGAAGCACCACCUGCAGCAAUGCGACUGUCCAGGAGACUCUAUGAGGGAGAAGUGCCACAUGUGCUGCCAGCAGCCUGAUAAGCCUGAGACAUGUGCCAGCACCACGUCCUCCGUGCUUUCUCGCCACUUUCAGAAGAAAACGUUGCCAUUGGUCGGCGGUGCACCCUGCUUUGGAAACCAAGGUUACUGCGAUAAGUUCCACGUGUGUCGCAUGCUGGAUGCCGAUGGCCCCAUCGCAAGACUGAAAAACUCCUUUCUCCAUUUGGACGACUUUGAAGACGUGGGAGAGUGGAUGAAGGCUCAUUGGUGGGCCAUCCUGCUGGCCAUCCUGACUCUGUCUGGAGUGAUGGGCUGCACUGUCUGCCUCUGCAGUCAGACCCUUAACACCAGGGACCUCGAGUAACCUCUGACCUUCGAUCCCUUUUUCCCUGGGAAUACAACUAUCUAAGUACAUUGAGAAUAAUUUAUCAGAGACGGAGAAGUGUCAAAGCAAACACAGGAGAAUCCUGUUUAAAAAUGUUGCCUGCAGCUGACAAAGACUGGUGAGACUGUCCCUUUUUUCUGACCUUGUAUCGUUUCAGCUUUGUUUGAAGUUGAGUUUCAGCCACUUUUCUAUCCUAGUGAUACUACAGUAUAACCUUAAGUGUUCUCACGGGAAGGUACAGGGUCUUUUGGCCUUUUUGGUCAUGGGCUUUUAUGUUUGAACAGGGGUAAAAUGCAUUCAUGUUUAAUGUAAUAGAGCAACAAUUUGCACGUUUAUUAUCUCAACAAGUAUUUGUGGUAGUGCAACACGCAAGGAGGACCAAGCAGGUGGGGUAAGAGAAGAAACAUACAUGGACUAAAUGAUGAAAAGGUACCUACAGUUAGCAGAGCACUGAGAUAAAGGCAGAUAUGGAUUUUUCCUUUUACUUAAAGGUGCAAAAUGCAAAACUGACUUCCCAUGAUUCAUCAGACAGAAGUUAUCAGACUAGCUCCUUUGUUGUUAACCCUAGCACUGGUAAUUACAUGCAUU